AUGGCCUCCUCCACAUCCGUAGAUGCGCUGGCAAGCGCUAUAGUUGCGCGAUUCCUACGGACUUAUAACUACACAGAGACCCUACAAGCCUUCAUCCGCGAAGCAGAUCUUCCACCUGACGUGGGGCAAGCUUCUGGUGAUGACACCCACAAUUUGACCGUCCAAAGCUUGCUGGAAGAGAAGAAGACGUUCGACCACACCGUCAAUUUUGAGAGGUAUGGAAAAGAAGGCAAAGAGAAUGAGGGAUGGAGUGUUCCUGCACCAUCAAAGCCAACAGUGAUUCAGACACCGACAUCAUCAAAUAUUCUCUCUGCGUCUGUAGAGCUUUGGAAUAAAUCAAGUCAUGAUGCAGAUGCACCUGACUCGGUACAGCCGCUGAUUCUCUCUACAGGCGCUGAUCGACAAGCGCAUUUGUUCGAAAUAGCGCCGGAUCAUGCCUCUCUUGCCUCCCUAUCUGGCUUGUUUGAUUCACCUGUGCUCUCCUAUGCAUCAAUCCUCAAUGGUCGAUACAUCCUGAUGGGUACCAUGUCUGGCAAGCUUCUGCUUCAGCAAGAAAAUCGUGUCCUAGACAGUAGGAAAGACCACGCUAAAUACGUUGUCAAGGUUGUCGCACAUGAGGACAAGAGCUCGUCCGGGCCAUCACGAAGAUUUUGGGUUGCCACCGCUGGCUGGGAUGCAACUGUCUACCUAUACCGACUCGAUAUUCCAACCGAGGAAGAGCCGAACUCUUCGCUGGUCAUCGGGGAGCCUGUGGCGCUUAUCAAGCUAACCACGAACCCCGAAUCACUACUUUUCGUCCCGCAUGUUGAUACCGGCGAGUUACUUCUCCUUGUCUCGCGCCGGGACUCGACAAAUAUCUACUACUACGAAGUCGCAUCGUCCACCUCCGAGUCCCGCCUUCUUGGAAAGCAGAAUCUAGCUCCCCACUCCAAUGCCUGGGUUGCCUUUUCUCCAGCUUACAUGGCGCUCAGCCCACACGACCCUGGUUUACUAGCUGUUGCCACUUCAACACUCCCGCACUUGAAAGUGAUGAUCGUGCGCCUUUUGUUUCCGUCUACCGAGUCCCUUGGUGAUACCGACUUUGCAGAUGCAGCAAUGACGCAGGCAUCUCAGGCUCUUGCAGCUUUGGCGCUGCAGAACCGUGAGGACGCUGCUAUUUUGCUUCAGGCAAAUACAUUUGCGCCGCAGACGGCAUACUCGACUCCACAGGUUGUGUGGAGACCUGAUGGGUCGGGAGUUUGGGUCAACGGGGACGAUGGGUUGGUGCGGGGAAUUGAGACGAAGACGGGCAAGGUGGUGGCUACGUUGAAAAAUGGCCAUGAGUUUGGCUCCAAGGUGCGGACGAUCUGGGCGGGUUACGUUGAUGUUCCUGGUGAAGAUGAUAGUCAGACAGAGCAGGAAUGGGUGAUCAGUGGUGGAUUUGACAAGAGGUUAGUUGUGUGGAAAGUAUGA